AAAUAUAAAUAUACUGUGAAAUGACAGUAGUUUGUUGAUAAGGAUAUUUCAUCUUUUUGUGCUGAUGAGUAAUUGAAUUAUUGAACUCUCUCAUGGAUUCUGAGAAACAUUUCAAUGUAAUUAAAACAGCUAAUGAUUAUUCUAAAUACUUCGAUCAUGAUAUGGAUAAAAAGCUAUUACCACUUAAUCUACUGAUAAAUGGUAUGAAAGCACGUUUAGAUCAGUGUCAGACUCUCGUUACUAUAAGCCAUGAAAAUGUGGACGAAACUACAAAAGCUUUAACCUCUUUGAGACAAAGUAGUGACCAGCUUGAUGAGCUUUGUUCUAAAAUCGAUACUAUUGAAAAAGUAGUGGAUCAUCUUAAAAGUAAUUUGGGCAGUUUAGAGGAAGAGAUCGAAAAGGCUGAACUAAAGCUAGGGUUGAACAAUGACAACCUUGUGGUUAAUAUUUUGAACCCUUUACUUUUCAGAAAAACUGUAGAUAAGAAAACUUUGUCAGUUGACAUGCCAAAAUUUGAUCCCAAUGAAUAUUUUAUAUCUGAGAGAUAUGAUGAUGAUGAUGAUGAGGGAUUAUGACUGCAUGGGAAACUACCUGGUUGGUAAUGACAACACAACCUUUCAAUGUAGGAUGAAAGAAGUAGGUUCUGCCAGAUGGAAUAUCAUAACUACUAACUGAUGAAUGAGUUUCUGAAUGUCUUUUUGAAAGAUGACAAUAAUUAACAGGGUAUAAUUAAUAAAUAUAACAUUU